UAAAUCCUUUGGCACGCAAAAUUUAUUGCCAGGUGCUCUGGCCGUUAUCGCGCCCCAGCCACUAGUCGCUGCAAUCUGCGGCGCGCGCUCGCCUCGCCUCUGCCGGGCUGCUGCGUUCAUCACAACCACCACGCCAGCGCAGGGCCCUCCCCCAUCCAAACCAUCUCCACACUCCUCUCGCCAGGCCCCCGCCGCCGACUCCACACUCUCUACGCUCGGCCGCCGCGACGGGGGCGGAUGGCGACGGCGAGCGGCCUCUCCGCCCCUCUGCAGCUCCUCUCCUUGCGGCGGGCACCCGCCAAGAACCUCUCGCCGCGGAGAGCAGCCGCGGGAGCUCUGUCAGGUUCACUUAUUGUGAAGAGAUUUUCUUUAUGCAACGGGAGAAGUCAUCACCAAUUUUUACCAUUGAAACAAAGGGGAAGGUUGCAAGCAGCAGUACUACCUGUUACUCCACCACUGCUUGAUGAUGAGGAAAAAAGGAAGCAAAUGUCUGAAGAUUAUGGUUUCAAUCAAAUUGGAGAACAGCUACCAGAUAACAUUACUCUUAAAGAUGUCAUGGAUACUCUGCCUAAAGAGGUAUUUGAAAUCGAUGAUGUAAAGGCUUGGGCAUCUGUUCUGAUAUCAGUUACUUCAUAUGCUUUCGGUCUUUUCCUUAUCUCAAAAGCUCCAUGGUAUCUUCUUCCCGUUGCUUGGGCAUGGGCUGGUACAGCAGUGACUGGGUUUUUUGUCAUAGGUCAUGAUUGUGCACAUAAAUCAUUUUCAAGGAAUAAGCUAGUGGAGGAUAUCGUUGGAACUCUAGCUUUCCUGCCAUUAAUUUACCCUUAUGAACCUUGGAGGUUUAAGCAUGACAGACAUCACGCCAAGACAAAUAUGUUAGUAGAAGAUACUGCAUGGCAACCUGUUUGGCAAAACGAAAUUGAAUCGUCUUCUUUCCUAAGGAAGGCAAUUAUAUUUGGUUAUGGUCCUAUCAGGCCAUGGAUGUCUAUUGCUCACUGGUUGAUGUGGCACUUUGAUCUAAAAAAAUUCCGGCCAAAUGAACUCCCUAGGGUGAAGAUAAGUUUGGCGUGUGUCUUUGCAUUCAUGGCAAUUGGAUGGCCCCUAAUCAUUCUUCAAUCAGGAAUAGCUGGAUGGUUCAAGUUCUGGUUCAUGCCAUGGAUGGUUUAUCACUUUUGGAUGAGCACCUUUACAAUGGUGCAUCACACUGCUCCUCAUAUACCUUUCAAAUCAUCAAAAGAGUGGAAUGCUGCACAGGCGCAAUUAAACGGCACAGUUCACUGUAGCUAUCCUCGAUGGAUAGAGAUCCUUUGCCAUGACAUAAAUGUACACGUCCCGCACCAUAUUUCUCCAAGAAUUCCAAGUUAUAACCUUCGUGCUGCCCACGACUCCAUUAAACAGAACUGGGGCAAGUAUAUCAAUGAGGCCAGCUGGAAUUGGCGGUUGAUGAAGACAAUAUUGACUACAUGCCAUGUGUAUGACAAAGAGAGAUACUACGUUUCUUUUGACGAGCUCGUGCCUGAGGAAUCUCAACCAAUAAGAUUCCUUAAGAAGUUCAUGCCAGAUUAUGCUUGAUGCAACUGCUACCAUUGACUAGUCAGAGAGUAUUUAGACAUUAAGAACAAUCACAACCAUUACACUACAAAAGGCUCAUCGCAGACGGCUCAGGCAUGGCUUUUAUUGUGAGCCGGCAGGGAUACUCCUUGUUGCAGAUGGCUUUUAUUGAAAGCCGCCUGGAGUUUUACCUUUUCUCUUCACCCGCAAAAAAAAAAAGAUGCUCAAACAAGUAGAAACAACAUAUAACAGUAUAUUAUAAUGUCAUAUAUUAAACAUGCAAGAGGAAACAACAAUGUAUUUCACAUUCAUUCUCA